AUGGAGUUUAAGAAAAUGAGUUGGGUCUUAGCCUGUGUAGGGUUUAUGUUCUUGGGUCUUUGCAAGGCUAAUGGAAAUACCUAUUAUUAUGAUUUUGUUCUGACAGAAUUGAAUUUUACAAGGCUUUGCGAAACAAAGACCAUCUUAACUGUGAAUGGGACUUUGCCGGGGCCGACCAUCACCGUCCAGAAGGGAGACACUGCUUUUGUGAAUGUCUACAACCAAGGCUCAUACGGUGUCACCCUUCAUUGGCAUGGAGUGAAGCAACCACGAAAUCCGUGGUCUGAUGGACCAGAGAACGUAACACAGUGCCCUAUUCAAGCAGGCUCAAACUUCACUUAUGAGGUUAUCUUCUCCACUGAAGAAGGAACAUUAUGGUGGCAUGCUCAUAGCGAUUGGACACGUGCCACAGUCUAUGGUGCCAUCAUUAUUCUACCAGCUCUCAACACCGCUUAUCCUUUUACAACACCAGAUGGAGAAGAAACACUUGUUCUAGGAUCCUGGUACAAGGGAGACGUGAAUGAAAUUAUUGAAAUUGCCCUCGCAACAGGCGGCGAUCCAAACGUUUCAGAUGCCUUCACAAUCAACGGAGAGCCAGGAGAUUUGGUUAAUAAGUGUUCCAAUGCAACAACAUACCGUUGGGUGGUUAAUUAUGGCAAGACGUAUCUUCUCCGCUUAAUCAACGCGGUGUUGAACGAAGAAAUGUUCUUCGCCAUUGCCAACCACAACCUCACAGUGGUAGCUCAAGAUGGUGCAUACAUAAAACCUAUAACCACCUCCUACCUCAUGAUAACUCCAGGCCAAACCAUGGACAUUUUGGUAGUUGCAAACCAGUCUCCCAGCUCCUAUCACGUAGCUUCCCAUGCUUUUGUUGAUGGGGAUGUUGCAUUCAACAACGGCACCACCUCUGCCAUUCUUCAAUACAACGGCAGCACCACCCCCUCAACCAUUCCCACUCCGAUUCUUCCUGAUUUCGCCGACGGAACGGCUGCCUCAAACUUCACUACGCAAGUGAGGGCCUUGGCAAGCAAAGACUACCCCAUUAGUGUCCCGUUACACAUCACACACACGCUCUUCAUCUCUGUUUCCGUAAAUGAAAGAAUUUGUCCCAAUUCUUCUUGUGAUGGGCCAGAUAAUAAUGCACUUGCUGCAAGCUUAAACAACAUCAGUUUUGUGACUCCAUCGAUUGAUAUACUGCAAGCCUAUUACGGGUCAAUUAAGGGAGUUUAUUCAGCUAAUUUCCCACACAAACCUUAUAUUUUCAACUUCACGGGACAUGUGCGAAACGACACAAUAUAUCCUAACUUUGGAACGAAGGUGAGGAUGAUUAAAUAUGGUGAAGAAGUUGAGAUAAUCUAUCAAGGGACCAACAUGAUUGCCGCUGAGAACCAUCCGAUGCAUCUCCAUGGUUUCAGCUUCUAUUUGGUUGGAACUGGUUCUGGGAAUUGGGACCCUAAUCAGGCCCCUAAGACCUACAAUUUGGUUGAUCCACCUGAAGUAAACACCAUUGGUGUACCAAAGAAUGGAUGGGCAACCGUCAGAUUUAAGGCUGAUAAUCCUGGAGUAUGGUUUAUGCACUGUCAUUUGGAAAGGCACGCCAGCUGGGGAAUGGCCACUGUACUCAUUGUGACAGAUGGAAACACCGCUGAGACCAGCAUGCUCCCAGCACCUGCUUAUAUGCCUCCUUGUAAAUAA